AUGGACCAGAAUGGACGCCCGGCCUUUCAGGUGGUCAUCAACGGCCAUAAUCAGAUGCCACAACCCUAUGGCUCUAAUAUGCAGUUUCAGAACAAACCACGGCCGCUGUCUGUGGAUGAAGCACUCCAGUAUUCUUCCAUGUCCAGCGCGCCCGUUUUUGGGCUUGAUUGCAUUCUACGCCCCGAUGUUGGCCGACCCUCCAAUACCACUUCUAUAAACCAUGUCCUCCAAGAAGGUCGCAAAACACUUGGUGAACUCGAUGCGGAGAUGCAACCCGGACGGGACGAGUCUAGUCGUUUAGAGACAUCUCGAGAAUAUAUUCAACAGUUGCUGGAUGGAGACCAGUUGACAGAAUUUAAAUUCAAGCUUCCUCGUGUUCCUACCCGAAAUCAACAGUUGCGUCCAAAUGAUUCCGAUGGUGCUCCUUCCGGUCGUGAUAGCCUUGGCUCCUUCGCACGGAUGAUGCUUGAAUCCACGGAUAUUGCGUUCAGAUACCCCGAAGCAGCGUCCAGAACCAAACCUGAAAAGAAGGAUCUCACUCCGAAGACCGCUACUUCACUGAAUCAGCGUGCACAUGCUACGAACAAAUCGAAUUCCGCCUCUCUGUCUGCUUCAUUUGAGCAAGAUCGCCCUCUUACAUCGAGCCAAUUAUCGGUAGUCAUUCCAAUCAAAUCGGUCCCUUCACACGGUGAUCACGCGAAUGCAAAGAAGCUCCGAAUGAAAGCCCAUGGCCAAGACGCUAUGGCAGCGGUGCGACUAAAGGAUCAAAAAGCGGAAGCAGAUGCAGCCCUACAAAAGCUUCAAGACCUUCUUCAUGAGAUUUUUGAAGCGGAAGAUCAAAUUGAGCCUGAUAAUCUGACUUCCCGGACUUAUGACACACCCAAUCCCAUAUUCGUGAAUCUGACGUCGUUAGAAGUGCAUGGGUUGGUGCUAUCAUCUGAUGCCCAUACUCGUCUUCAAAACGCCCUUCGAAAAGUUGCAGGAUUUGACCGACUCAAGGACAUACCGUCUGAAUAUCUGAAUCGCAUCCAAAAAUUGUGUGAAAAGCCAAUCAUGGCUGCACAGUCUCCGGAUAUAGGCUUGGGUGAUUCCUCCAGCGAGACUGAAUCCCAAGAGUGGUUGGGCAAGGUUGAAGAUGUGUUAAAUGCAUUAUUCGCAAUUGGAACGCUGCUACAGACGAUGUCUGGACGUCAAACUGAGCGCGACCUUUGCCCAGAAGAUCUCAUUGAGGCUAUUCCUACUGUCCUCAAUCAGCUCUUCGACAAUUGCAUCAUUCCCGCAGUGGAAUCGCGCCCUGGCGGCAAGGAUAGCCAGCACUUCCAAUUCUUCUCGGCUCAAAAGAGAAUUAUUGGAACCCUAGUUCAUCAGAGCAAGAAAGUUCUCACCCUUUUUGCAAACUUUUUAUCUCGAAUUGAUGUGUCUGAAGGGACCAUCACGGCAACCGAGUUUUUUGCAGCAAAGCUGAUCUUUGUGGAAAAUGCACACAAUGACAAGGAUUCGACCUUGGGAUACCAGAAGUACGAACCUGCGAGACGGGCGGCGAUGGAUGUGCUUGCAAAGGUAUUCUCCAAAUAUCCCGAGCAAAGACCGUUCAUUCUAGAUGAGAUUCUAGUCUCGUUGGAGAAACUUCCCACCACACGUCAGAGUGCUAGGCAAUUCAAAGUCGCAGAUGGCAAAAACAUCCAACUACUCACUGCACUAGUUUUACAGCUUGUUCAGACCACUGCAUUGGAGACCCCUUCACAAUUGAAGAUCAAACAUCGGGUCAAGACACAAACAGAUGGUGACGAUGACGAGCUCAUGGGCGAUGGCGAGGACCGCGCUAGUGGUGAGUCUGAUGACGACGAAUCAGAUGCAUCGUUGGAACGCCUAGCAAACAAAGCCAACCGACUCUACGAUAAUGCCAUGCGCUCCGCACAAUACAUUGUGAAUUUCAUCGUUCAGCGUGCUAUGAACUCGACAAAGACAGGUGACCAGCCAUACAGGAACAUCCUAGAUCUUUUCACCCAGGAUUUGAUCAGUGUGCUUGGAUCGGCUGAUUGGCCAGCUGCAGAACUUCUUCUUCGGAUCUUGGCGUUACGUAUGAUCCAAAUCACCGACCAAGAUAAGAGUGCGGCGACUGCAAAGAGUAUGGCACUUGAACUCCUGGGCUGGAUGGGGUCUGCUAUCUCAGACCUGAUAGCAACUGCCCAGCACAUGCUCCCGGCUCUGGAAGAUUCUGACAGUGAGUUGACCGAUUACCUCAAACAACAGUUUGAGGAAUUUUCUUCUGGGGCACUCCACCAUCAAGACCUCAUUACACCAACGGGUCCAUACAGGAUUGCACUCGAGCACCUUUUGCAAGACAAAAACUCCGACAACUGGCAACUGGCCAGCGCGCGGGGUUACUACUUGGCUCAAUGGGCCAAAACAGCUUGUGCCCUCUACUACAAUUCUGAAGAUCAAGAAGAAAUUUCUCACGAUGAAGUGGCUGAUGAUCUGGUUACUCUUUUGACAAGAUCCUUCUCAGAUUCACGCUGGCUGGAGACCCACAAGGAAUUCGAUAAUAUUCCGAACGUGCAUGGAAAAUUUGCAUACAUUCUGACGGUAUUGAAUUCAAAAUUCGGCAAAGCAUUUGACACUAUUCUCAAAGUUCUGUUGGCUUCUUUCCUUGGAGACUCAGCCAAGGUUCGCAGCCGCAGCUUGAAAAGUGUUAUCUACAUGCUCGAGAAAGAUCCAAACCUCCUUGAUAGAGAUCCUUCUGUUCUGCGCGUAAUACAUCGGUGUACGACAGAUGCCUCGCCCAUGGUCCGCGAUUCUGCACUACAGCUGAUUGGACAAUGCAUUGGUUUGAAGCCUAAGCUCGAAGAAGAAGGAUGCCGAAGCAUCUUAGCCUGUGCGGCGGACCAAACGGCUGGUGUCCGAAAACGCUGCAUUGGGUUGCUGAAGGAGCUUUACCACAAAACUUCUCGAAAGGAGUUGAAGCUGGCCAUUCUCGACAGCUUUCUUCAACGCACAGGUGAUCUUGAAGAGAGCGUGGCAUCUUUGGCCCGUCAAACCUUUGAAGAAAUAUGGCUUAUUCCAUUCCAUGAAACCAUUGAUUCUUCAUCCGAAGGCCCGAAACUCAAAAUGGCUCUUGGGGAACAGGUAAGCCUGAUUGUUGGCUUGAUCGAGCGCAGUGAAACUGCACUGGAGACUCUUAGCGUUUGUUUGAAGGCUGUCCUUUCGGAGAAAUCCAAGUCUGCAGCCUUGAACUUCAAAGUUUGUAAGGCGAUGGUCGCUACCAUGUUCCAGAGAUUAGUGGAGGAUUCGGAUGGAUCCAGCAAGGAAUUUCAACAAGCUCUUUUACAAACGAUCACUGUUUUUGCCAAGGCAAAUGCAAAGCUGUUCAGUCCAGACCAGCUGGAGGCGCUCCAUCCUUACAUCGGACAUCUUUCUACCGCAGACGAUCUUUUCAUAUUCCGAUCCGUUGUGGUCAUCUAUCGUUGCGUCUUGCCAUUUUUAUCCUCCUCUCAUAAUACCCUCCUGAAGGAAGUGCAAAAUGAUCUUUUCAAGAGCGUCGCCAAACUCUCCCGGUCUGAAUUGAAUGAAGUCAUGGCAUGUUUGUGGACGAUCAAUGGUGUUCUACAAAACACGAACCGCUUAGUGAAGUUGACAGUCUCAGUCCUGAAGCCAUUGCAACAGUAUAAAAGCGUUGAUCUCUCUUCGGCCACCCAUGCUGCAAUUCUGGCUCGUGCCAAGAGUUAUAUUCGUAUUGCAGGGUGUGUUGGGCGUCAUUGCGAUCUUGAAAAGUAUGCAUCUCAUUUCAAGAGCGAAUUCCCAGCCUGGGGUGGUGGCUCCGUUGCGGGGCUGAUGGUUGAUUCCAUCAUUCCCUUCACUGGGUCAAAAUCACCUUUCGAUCUGCGCGUCAUGGCCCUUGAAAGCUUGGGAUCUAUCUGCCAGUCUUGGCCUGGCCAAUUUGGCAGAGAACGCACACGACAGACAUUUGCGCAGGCUUUUAAGGAAGAUGCUCCAAGCCUGCAAAAUAUCGUUCUCCGAUCAUUUGCAGACUUUUUUGCCAUCCAUGAAGGCAAAUCCGAAAAGGCCGUCAUGCCAACUUCAGAAGCUGCCCAGGAAGAUACCACCCGAUUAGGUGGUUCUUUGAAAGCUAGCGAUAAUGAUGGCGCUGCUGCUCUGAUCGCCCAACAUUUCCUCUCAAACAUGCUUCAGGUGGCCCAAUCACGCCAGGACACUUAUUCCCUGACCGCCAUUGAGCUCAUUGCGAGUAUCAAUAGACAGGGUUUGGUACAUCCAAAGGAAUGCGCGGGUGUUCUUGUCUCCCUUGAGACUUCUACAGUCCCUGCAAUUGCGAAAAUUGCUUUUGACACACACAAAAUGCUCCACCAACAGUACGAAUCCAUGUUUGAGAGAGAAUACAUGCGAGCUGUGCAAGAAGCAUUCUAUUACCAACGUGAUACUGUUGGCGAUUCCAAUGGGGCUACCUCUCGGCCUUAUAUUUCAAAGCUCGCACCAUUGUUCGAGAUUGUCAAGAUCAGCAACAGCCGUUAUCAGAAGAAAUUCCUUGCGAAUCUUUGCUCGAAAGUCAACUUUGAACUCAAGAAAUUGGUUGUGGCAGGCAACCCCCCAGAACAUCUUCUAUUAUCACGUUUCAUCUCGCAAAACCUGGCCUAUUUCGACUACGGACAAUUAGCUGAAGUGGUGCCUACUAUCGCGUGUAUGGAACGCAUCGUCUCUUCGACUGGCACUAUCGUUGCGCACGCGAUCGAAACGGAGAUAUCCCCCACACCAAUUGGUCCCCCGCAGUUAGAUGCUUCCAAUGGCAUGUUGCCUGGGUUGGCGCCUGAGAUGGCUCCAUCCACAAUCACACCACGGCAGGCCAACCCUGCAACCUUGCGAUCGUUGGCAACUGCCGCCGCAUCAUUGUCUAUGCUUUGGGAAGCUCGAACUUACCUUCGGCGCCUCUACGGGGUGAACGCACACAGCAAGAACAAGGAAGGCAAACCUGCAACAAAAGAGCUCAACAAAGCUGCCACAAAGGUACACGGAGUGACCGGUGAUAAGUUUUGGGAAGCCAUUGCCAGGAACAUGACAGCCUUGGACAAUGAAGAGGCGAUGCAACAAAAGUGUCGUGAGUUCGCAACCCUACUCUCCAUCGACGAGGAGUUUAGAGUGGAUGCAGAUGACGACGCAGAAGGGGAUAGCCUGGACACCGGCGGAGAUCUUGAUGAGACGGUGGCUCCUCGGCCCAUGAAGCGCAAAAGCUCCAUCUCCAGCUCAUCCUUCAACAAACGACCCAAGAGCCGGAAGAGCUCAACCGGAAGAAAGAAGUCCAGCGCUGAGCCGGACGAGGACCUGGAUUGGGACUAA